AUGGAGGAGAUGCCAUGCCCACAUGCUUGGGUUGUUCUUAAAAGCAAGAAUCUAACAACAGACAACUACUAUUCAAACUUAUACAAAUCGGAGGCUGUUGUGAAGACCUAUGAUGUCCCAGUGUAUCCUCUGCCCGAUGAGAGUGAGUGGAAAAUACCUGCAUCCAUCUCUGAAGAGAUAGUUCUGCCACUGAGAUAUAAGAGACCUCCCGGAAGGCCAAAGAAGAAAUGCGAUAAGCCUUUAACUGAAUUGCUACCAAAUAAAUAUUCAAAUUCUUGUAGUAGAUGUGGACAUGAAGGUCACAAUAGGUGCUCUUGUAGGAAUGAGCCUAGAAGAAAAUAG